AUGUCGGAUCACCCAGAACAAGUCAUCGCGCAGCUUGGUAGCCUCCUCAAUCAACUUGCUCACUUCUUCAAUGAGAAUGAGGAAUACUUAUCGCCUGACAUAUACAAAUUUUGUUACCAUUCUCUCCCGGCCUUAGAGAAGUUAACCUUGAGCAAAAUUGUUGCAAUUUUGCAUACCGGAGACCAGAAUAGAUCAACGGAUGACAGACAGGAUGUGUGUGGUUCGCACAACCAUGGUGACACAUCUAGCGGCUUGACAGGAGGCUCAUUGGGAAACCUGACAUAUUCUUCUGGCGAUAAAGAGCUCUCUAGCGAUGCGGGAGGCUCGUCUGGAGGCGUUGUGACGAACGUUUAUAAAGUCUUCAAGUUAUCGGUCGCCACCAUUCCCGGCACACUACAGGAAGUUUUGAAGGAAUGGACAAAGAACCAUGAGACCUUCUUUGAAGACCAACCGCAAAACGUCCCCAAGGCAUCAGGUUGGGGCGCGUUGUUUCGCAAGAUUCACCAGUGUGAAGUGAAUGCUGAUGUUCUCAGGAUUCGCCGACGAUUCGACCUGUACUAUUUCUUCCAGUCAAUCCAAAACUGUGGAUACCAUGAUGGCAACAGAUGGGUGUAUCGUGCACGAAAUACACUGGCCAAAAAAGUCAUAAAGCAGUCUCCAUCACUUCAGCUAAAAGUUAAUAAUAUUGAAAGCAAACUUGAUCUCUGGGCUGAGCUGGGUCGUGGAUAUGCUGAAUGGGUUAUGGAGUUUAACGGGCAUCCAGGUUGUCUACUUCUGUUGCCGCUCGAUGUCUCAGAAACCGAGUACACCGAAAGACGGUACCGUAAACAUAAAAAAUCAGCCGCACAACAUCUCAUCAAGAUCGGUUUUCAAAAUGUCAUGUGCGAGCGGGACCUCUAUGCACUUGGGGAUAGUAUUGUUCAGGGGCUAAAGGAUAGACAUCAAUCUCUGGUGGAAGAUGCUUUCGUUUCCCCGAGGGCCCCUAAGAGGCACGGGGAGUGUGACGAAUUCAGUGCAAAACGGCCAUGCCCCGGCUUGAGAGCGGAGGUUUCUGAAGAACAUCAAUCCGACACGACUAACGAGUGCCACACGUCAAUGCAACUUCUCGUGGCAGCGGUAACUUCGGUAGCUUCGGCUCACGACAGCGCAACACAGCAGAAUAUUACUGCGAGUCCACCAAAUGCAAUCCAUGAAAACCUAGUAGUUUCACAAACAUGGGAACCUUUAGAAGCUGACAAUACAAAUAACCUAGUGUACAAACUAGCACUGGGGGUUGAAGAUUUGUCGAAUAGAGGUGGGACUGGGACUGAAGGCCCGUUCAUAGCAGAGGGCACCCUCGACCAAACUGUUGACAAUAGUUUUGUUCCACGGAAUACCGAACCUUCCGCCCAGCUUAAUAUAUCACCUGUAGUAGAUUCUGGCGGCAGCGGAAACAUGGACAAUCAUCUCAAUUUUGAUAACCAGCGUGCCCCACGAGCACAGAAAUCAACAGCUCCGACGCACCCAGCCACGUCAUCACCCAUAGAAUACUCCAAUCCUGUCCCUCCUCACGUUCUUGGAUACAAUGCUCCGCCUGAGAGCGAGUAUACUACAGACCCAAAUUCAACUAGAAUGUCUCAUAAUCCGCUUGAGCUACACUACGCUGCUCCCGGGAACGAAGCGGCUUUUGUUUGGCGUAACCAGUGUGAAUCAACAAGUUCAAUAGGAAUUGACGCUGAUCCGACGAUGAGCUCGACAUUAUUUAGUCAGAUCAACCUCGAUCCAACAAUGAGCUCGACAUUAUUCAGUCGGAUCGACCCCGAUCCAACAAUGAGCUCGAUAUUAUUUGGUCAGAUCGACUCCGAUCCGACCAUGGGUUCAACAUUGUUCAACUCGAGCCAGGUUAGCUCAAACACUCAUACAUUAUUUGAACAGGGCUACUUGGAGUUAUGGUAA